AUGUCUAACGUGGAAAUGGAAAUUGCAAAUUCAAAGUCUGACGCAAAGAACAUAUCGUUCGACGAAAUUAGCGAUAAUAUACAUACAAUCGAAAAUAUAAAUAAUCAUAUUAGAUCAAAAGUAUCAACUCAGUCAACUCAAUUUAAAUCAUUAUUUACGUGUGAUGGCCCAAGACUUCAAUAUGAUAUUGACAUUAAUUAUGCAAUUAGACUAUUAAAAAAAGAAGAUGGAAAUGUUGAUGUGUAUAGUCAUUUACAAGACAUUUUAGACAAGAUAUUAUCGGAAAGACCUUCAAAUCCACUAGAAAACUUUGAAAAAUAUAGCAUGAUGUUGAAGCGUACAUAUAUUCACAAUGAAGCUAAUUUUGAACGCGUCUUUGUGGAUAAUAUAAACCGGAAUUAUUGCUUUAAAAGUUUACAAAUGUAUACGUGUGCUUCAAAAAAACAACUUGAACAACAAAAACAAUAUAAUAAAAACAAAAGAAAUAUUAGAAAUCCAGAAUUUGACCAACGCGAAGAGAAGAAAUCUAUAAAUAAUAUUAAUCCUAUUGUGCAAGUUCAAAAUCUUUGUGAAGUUAACUAUAUGUUUAAUAAAGCUGGUUUUGGACUUCCAAUGGAUGAAGCUGCGUUGAUAUAUUUAACCAUGAAUGAAAUGGCUCAGUUAAAUAAAUUUGAAAGCAUAAGAUUUUGGGGAAAAAUAUUUGGGAUAAAAAAAAUGUAUUAUGUAAUUGAAUGCAAAUGGUCAAACGCAGAAUUAGACCGUAAAUUAUUGACUGUAAAUAAUGUAAGCUAUAACUCAAAAUCAUCAAAACAAAUAGUUGAUGAUGUCACUCAUGAUAAUUUGUUUCAACAAGAAAUAAAAUCAAUAGAUUCAGAAAAUGCUCUGCAAGAAACAGUAAGUGAAUUUGAAUCAUAUUUUGAGGGUGAAAUGACUGAAAAUUCAAUAAAUCAAUACGAUUCAUGGAUUAAUUUAAAUGAUGAUGACAGUUGCAAAACAAUUCAGAAGUCUACGUCAAAAACCGAGUUAGAAUCAGAAAUGAUCGGAGUCGGUGCAAACAAAAAUGCAUAUUUUGUCACUAACAAAUUAAAUACCAAAUGGAUUGAAUUAGAAUCAGUUAAACCACAUCAUAUUGUUGAAGCACGAAAAAUAAAACGAUAUUUCACAGGAAAGUUAAGAAAUCCGAUAAAUAGUUUUCCAAAGUUCAAUGGUUCAGAAAAUGAAUAUCUUAGAGCUCAAAUUGCACGAAUAUCAUCGAGCACUCAAAUAUCUCCACGUGGAUUUUAUAUUAUAGAUAAAAAAGAGAAAUCUUGGAAUGGAAUAUCAGACAAAAAAUCCUCAAUUUCAUUACAUUCUAGCACAAAAGAAAAUGAUGACCUUAUUCUUAAUGAAAAUUUCAAACCCAUUUCUAACAGUAAUUUGAUUAAUUCAAGUUAUUGGGUGCAUAAGAAUCCUCAUAUAGACAUCAAUGGAGUAACUAAUAAAUUAGGUUUUUCUAAGUUGUCUGAUUCACAAAAAAAUGAAGAAAAAUUUGAAGAACUUGAAGAAGAGGAAAAACUUAGUUAUAAUGAAAAUAUAAUCAAUUCUAAGGAUGACUUAUUUGGUAACUUAGGAAAUGAUAUCUCUAUUGACAAUACCUCUGCGUGGAAAGGUGUUCUUUGUUCUCCAUUGGAUUCUCGUUACUCUCAUACAAUAAUGAAAUCUCAUAUAUGGCCUGGAGCUUUUGCAGUUGCUUAUAAUCUCCAAACUGACUAUAUGUAUAUUGGAUGGGGUCAAAAGCAGGAUUCUAAUAUACUUUAUUCAAUGUUUUUGGAAGAAACUAAACUGGAAAAUGUAAUUAUAGACAGUCCCUCAACGGUUGAGUUUCAAGAAUUCACUAAGACUCAGAAAAUAGAAAAUGAAAAACAUAGCUUACGUAAAAAGAAAAAGAAAAACAUUUUUCCACUACAAUAUAACCGUAAAGCAUACAGAGGAGGCGAAAAAGUUAUUACAUACUAUAAUUACGAGUAA